AUGGAGACCAAAAUAAUCGCGAUGUUAGUAGCGAUAAUGGGAAGCCUUUUGGUCGAGACAGAGGCUAUGAAUUUUCUAGAAUGUGUCAAAGAGUGUACUUCGACUUGUGGUUCAAACGGAUUAAGCACAUUGACAUGUCCUUUCACGUGUCUCACGAUUUGUAUACAUCCGCCAGAUCUUCAGGAAACUGACCAGACUGAUUAUUUUUGCAAACUUGGAUGUGCUACCAGUCGUUGUGUUCCAUCCUCCUCGAUCAAAGAUAAGUAUCACGCAGAGAAAGUUUCAGUAUGUGUGGAUUCAUGCUCAGAUAUGUGCUCUAAAAAGAACUAA